AUCACUGAUUUUGUCCUGUGCCCUCAUUGUACACAAAAGGAAAGAAGAUCCAAGGAGGAGAGGGGAUGUUCCCCAAGGUCACAAAGCUUAGUGUCAGUGUAGAAAGACCCUGAACCCUGGGCACACUUUUCAGAGGGAGGGAAAAAAAAGGUAGAUUAUUUGGAAUGAAGAGCUGAGGGUUUGAAGGUGACUUAGCAGGCCCGAAAAUCCCCCAGAUCACAUGGCCAGUGGGGGGGGGUGACAUCACAUACCACUUGUGCCAGCCUUCCUGGGGGUGGGAACCAGGAGGGAACCAGAAGGGAUCCAGAGAGAGUCCCCAACAGCCUGACCAUGGAGUCCACAGUCACAGACACACACAUACAGCCCCACACUCUUGGUUAAUCCCCACCCCCAAACUCCUGCCUAGCCCCUGACUAUGAUCUCUGUGAAUAUUGUCUCCUUAGGCCAUGGAGGGCUGAACCAGCUAGGAGGGGCCUUUGUGAAUGGCAGACCUCUGCCAGAAGUGGUCCGCCAACGUAUCGUAGACCUGGCCCACCAAGGAGUGAGGCCCUGUGACAUCUCUCGCCAGCUCCGUGUCAGCCAUGGCUGUGUCAGCAAGAUCCUUGGCAGGUACUACGAGACUGGCAGCAUCCGGCCUGGAGUGAUAGGGGGCUCCAAGCCCAAGGUGGCCACCCCCAAGGUGGUGGAGAAGAUUGGGGACUACAAGCGACAGAACCCCACCAUGUUUGCCUGGGAGAUCCGAGACCGGCUCCUGGCUGAGGGCGUCUGUGACAAUGACACUGUACCCAGUGUCAGCUCCAUUAACAGAAUCAUCCGGACCAAAGUGCAGCAACCAUUCAACCUCCCCAUGGACAGCUGUGUGGCCACCAAGUCCCUUAGCCCAGGACACACACUGAUCCCCAGCUCGGCAGUCACGCCCCCGGAGUCACCCCAGUCGGAUUCCCUGGGCUCAACCUAUUCCAUCAACGGGCUCCUGGGGAUUGCUCAGCCUGGUAGCGACAGCAAGAGGAAAAUGGAUGACAGUGACCAGGACAGCUGCCGGCUGAGCAUCGACUCUCAGAGCAGCAGUACCGGGCCCCGAAAGCACCUUCGCACGGACGCCUUCAGCCAGCAUCACCUUGAGCCCCUCGAGUGCCCAUUUGAGCGGCAGCACUACCCGGAGGCCUACGCCUCCCCCAGCCACACCAAAGGAGAGCAGGGACUCUAUCCGCUGCCCUUGCUCAACAGUGCCCUGGACGAUGGGAAAGCCACCCUGACCCCUUCCAAUACGCCCUUGGGGCGCAACCUCUCAACUCACCAGACCUAUCCUGUGGUGGCAGCUCCGCCUUUUUGGAUCUGCAGCAAGUCGGCUCCGGGGUCCCAGCCGGUGCCUCGGUCCCGCCCUUCAAUGCCUUUCCCCAUGCUGCCUCCGUGUACGGGCAGUUCACGGGCCAGGCCCUCCUCUCAGGGCGAGAGAUGGUGGGGCCCACGCUGCCCGGAUACCCACCCCACAUCCCCACCAGCGGACAGGGCAGCUAUGCCUCUUCUGCCAUCGCAGGCAUGGUGGCAGGAAGCGAGUACUCUGGCAAUGCCUACGGCCACACCCCCUACUCCUCCUACGGGGAGGCCUGGCGCUUCCCCAACUCCAGCUUGCUGAGUUCCCCAUAUUAUUACAGUUCCACAUCAAGGCCGAACGCGCCGCCCACCACCGCCACGGCCUUUGACCAUCUGUAGUUGCCAUGGGGACAGAGGGAACAACCGAGCAACAGGAGGACUCAGCCUGGGACAGGCCCCAGAGAGUCACACAAAGGAAUCUUUAUUUAUUACAUGAAAAAUAACCACAAGUCCAGCAAUCGCAGCUCACUCCCUGUGUGGUUAAUUUAAUGAACCGUGAAAGACAGGAUGACCUUGGAAAAGGUCAAACUGUCCUCCAAGACUCCCUAACGAGGGGCAGGAGUCCCAGGGAAAGAGAACCAUCCCAUUCUGAAAAAGACAAAAUUGGAGAAGAAAUGAGGCCCCCAGUUGGAAUCGCAAAGGAGAGAAGAGGGAACCCUUCAGGAGGGGGGAUUGAGGGCAUAGUGACUGGCCCUCACCUGGGCCCAAGGUGUGCACAGGGUGGGUACCUCCGAGGCCCUGUGGUCAGUACUGCUCUAGAAGUUAUGGAGUGUAAGCGCUUCCUUCCAGCCCACAAGUCACAGCCUGGAACCGAAGCUCUCCCCACCAGCCACCCUGGAGUCACCUCCCUCAGCUCUGCUAGCUCCAAACCCAAGGUUCUGGCCGUCCUCCUUGCCAAGGGCUGGGAUGAGUCAAUCAAAAACUCCCAGCUGUCAGCUGACCUUCCUUUGCCUACUGCUAUGAUGUGUGAGCACCACCCCAGGUUCUUCUACAAGUGGGUCAUCCCUUUGGCAGCUGCCAACAGCCAGGCCAGCCUCAAGUGACUUGAGACAGACAUUCCAAAGAGCCCUGGCCCCUCAGAGGUGAGGUGCAGAUCUGCCCCAGGCAGAACCAGGCACAAUUUCAGGGGACCCACUUCCCCUUCCCGAGAGCUCCUGCCAAGCCAAGCCAAGCCAAGCCAAGCGUGUUUCCUGCAGCUCAAGCCUACCAGCUACUGAAGAGACUCCCAGGCAACCCCCUGAAGCCAGCAGUGGAGGUUCCCUCUCUGGCUCCCCGCAGCUCCUGCCCGCAAGGCCUGACUGUAUAUACUGUAAAUGAAACUCUGUUUGGGUCAAACUUCCCUCUUUCCACCCCCCAGACUUUGGCCUCUGAGUGAAUUGUCUCCCUACCAUGUUGGGCUUCUCUCCUUGAUGCUUCUUUCUUUUUUAAAGACAACCCACAUUGUCACAUGACUCAAUAAACCAUUACUCUUCA